AUCAUCGUUUCAAAAAGAUAAAGAAGACUUGUGAAAACAUCAACAUGGCUCUCAAACUUGUCAUGGCUAUGUUUUCAUUACUUAUGUUCUUAUCCUUGACAUCCUUGACAUCUGGAAGGAGAGAGCUUCUAGCCGAUGGUGGUGACUUUGACGUGACCAACGCGAAAUAUGGUGCAAAGCCCGAUUCUGAUAUUACUGAGGCUUUAGCAAAUGCUUGGAAAGAUGCCUGUGCAUCAACAUCGGCAAGUAAAGUUAUUGUUCCGAAAGGGACAUUCAAAGUAAAAGAAGCAAGUUUCAAAGGUCCUUGCAAGGCUCCUAUUGAGCUUCAGGUCCAAGGCACAUUACAGGCGCCAGAAGACUCAAGCCAAUUAUCGAAACAAGAUACUUGGAUCGAGUUUUUAUACCUCAACGACUUCACACUAUCGGGUGGUGGAACCUUUGAUGGCCAAGGACAAAAAACUUGGAAAGCCAUUGAUCCAAAAAACGCAAAGGCUGGCACCAUUAAUAUCAGGUUCCACGCCGUCAAGAAGUCAUUAGUUAAGGAUAUAACUUCACUUAAUAGCAAGAACUUCCACAUCAACGUAAUAAGUUGCGAGCAACUUACGUUCGAUCAUGUCACCGUCACUGCACCUGGAGAUAGCCCUAACACAGAUGGAAUACAUAUCGCGCGCUCAACCGGGGUCAACGUUACUGAUACAAAUAUCGGAACCGGAGAUGAUUGCAUUUCAAUUGGUGAUGGUACCAAGCAACUUACAAUAACUAAGGUUACUUGUGGACCAGGCCAUGGAAUAAGCGUUGGAAGUCUUGGAAGGUACGACAAAGAAGACCCUGUGGAAGGAAUCAAUGUUAAGAACUGUACCCUCACUAAAACGACUAAUGGUGUUAGAAUCAAGACAUGGGCUAAAAAUCCUCAAGCUAGCACUUGCUCAGAAAUUCACUUUGAGGAUAUCAUCAUGAAUGAUGUUCAAAACCCAAUCGUCGUAGAUCAAGAAUACUGCCCAUGGAAUCAAUGUGAUAAACAGGCUUCAUCGAAAAUCAAGAUCAGCGAUGUGAGUUUCAAGAACAUUAGAGGGACGACUUCCACUCCGUUGGGCGUGAAGAUUGUAUGCGCCAAGGGCUUACCAUGUGAGAAGGUGGAGAUGACUGGCAUUGAUCUCAAAUUCACCGGCACAGGUGCACUCACGUCUCAAUGUACGAAUGUCAAACCCACAAUUGCUAAUGUGGCACAGCCUCUUGCUUGUGCUACCGAUGCUCCUGUACAGGCUGGACCAGCUGAGAAGUCUAAUGACUAAAACUGAUCCAAAUUGAUUAGUUUUUACUUAUAUAUGGGAUAUAUUCCUGGAAAAAAUUGAUAAAUUGUAGAAAAAUAAUAAGUGAGAUCAUUGUCACCUCUCAAUGACGGCGACAAAUUGGUUUUGAAGAUAGAUCAAAUAAUAUAGGAAAGGAAAAUGAUUUGUGGCUUUAAUGAGGCCUAA